AUGGACCCAGUGUCAGUCCCCGUGCCACACUUGCUCGACCAGGCCAAGGCAAUAUUGCAGAGCCACAUCAACUCCAAACGUGGGCAGAUUCACCAGGGCAAGGUCCCUGCCUGUGUAUAUAGCUCUUGGGAGUGCAUCAUUCCUGGCGGCCUGGAAGGGGCUCCCCUCACCUGCAUCCCAGAAAGCAAGCCCCUGGAGCGACAGGCAGCCACUGACUCUGAUCUACAACAGGAAGUUACACCCUGGAUGCCCACAGCCCUCGAGCAGCAGCAACAAGCCUCUGCAGAUGCCAACAAUGAACAUCCUAAGCUGCCCCGAGCCCUGUCCAAGGGAGCCCUUGAGAAACUGGAAGAUGAAUUUACAGCAGAAGUGAUCUCAUGUGAAGACCAGUGUCGAAGUCCUGGGCCACGCAUUCAAGAUGCCAACGAGACUUGUGCAGACUCUGCAGAUGAGUUCCAGGCUGAGGUGGAGGUGGAAGGAAAGAUAGAGAUGGUGCCUCUGGAAAGCCAGACAGACCCUGCUACCCCCUACACACUCAAGAAACCCAUCUUGGCCAAACUAAAUUUGCAUCUGAGAAAGCAGAUUCUAGAGAUACAACGGGGAAUUCCCCUAAGGGCAAGGGCGUCCAGGGAACAAACCAUAGCAAUCCCACAGAACAUUUCCACACAGGAAUCUCUUGAGAGUGUAAUCAACCCAGGAAAAACACUGCUCCAGGAACUCCCCAUCACACCAGACACGCCUCGUGCCCCAGAUCCAGAAUGGCUCCAUCUUAAAGAACAGCUGGCCAGUGAGUUAAAGGCAGUGCAGAAGAGCCAGAAGCACCCUAGUUCCAGAGCAGUAUACCACGGUUCUGCCCACGGGGCCUCCAAGAUCUCACAGCCCAGUGGGGAUGUGACAGAGGCCCAGGUGCUUUGUGUUCAGCUGGAGGCCAGUGUGAACCUCCCCAGCCUGGUGGAGCCCUGGAGCCCUGAGCCCCAAAGCCCUGGCAAGAGCAACGACUCAGCCCAAGUCCCCACGCUCGCAGGAAACAGAGAGGACCCGGGGAAACCCAUAUCAGCAGGGGACCACGGAGAAGGGGAUGCAGGGUUUGCGUUCUCCUCAACAAGAGAAAAUGGCCACCCUGCCGAAGCCCAGAGGCCAGAAGGGAUGCUUCUGCACAGGACACCCCACAACCCCUGGCGAUGGAGCCAUAGCUUUCACCUUGAAGCUCCCCGUCCACACAGUCCCGAACGUCGCCCUCAGCUUAAGCUCCCAGAGCUACCACCAGGAGUCCCUGGGGGGCAGGAUUCUGAGAAGAAUGACCCGCAAGACAGUCAAACCAAGCUCAACAUCAUCCUCAACCCAGCAGGGACUCCUGAACAUGCACAGCCUGUGGGGCCCCAGGCGUCCCAGAGCUAGCAUUUUCUGGGCCAAC